AUUAUGAAUUCACACAGCAGAGAACAGGCUGAUACAGCAACAACUGAGACUUUCACCGCGAGGAGAAAACAAACGUAAACCUCUACACUUCAGGAUGGCUGCUCUUCGUCUCGCUCUGGCUGUGUUUGUGGUGAUGCUGGCUGUCAUCAGUGUGACUGAAGGCAUGCGCGGUUCUGGACCGAAGAAAUGCUGCUCAGUUUUCAAUGACAAGCCGAUGCAUAAAACCCGAGUGUUGAGCUACACCAAGACCAGCCAGCGGUGCGCCAACCCUGCCGUCGUGUUCAUGACUAAGGCAGGUCGUCAUGUGUGUGCCAGACCUUCAGCUGCAUGGGUGAAGGAGCUCACCACCUACCUGGAUGCCAAAACCGUCCCAGGAGAGACAUCCAAUGUGUAACCCUGACAACGGCACCAGAGCGUCCAAAAGAACAAAAUCUGGCUCGUCAAUGUGUCACAGACGCAGCAGCUUUUCAAACUAUAACUUUUAAAGAAGCACAAAUAUGUUAGAACAUCUGCACUAUAAGGGGCAAUCAUAAGCUUUCUCUUCAUCUAUAUGCAAAAUAUAUAUUUAUAUGUUAUUUAGUGGCACAUUUACAAACAUAACAUGAAGAGGAAAUGUAUGCAUAGUAUUGACGUUCAAACCAUAUUUUUUUUUACCUUUUCUACAUUUGUGAUUGAUUAUUUUAGGGCGUGGAUCAAUAGUUAUGACUUUGUUCAAACACUCUGACCGACAGCACUGUGAACUACUGUUGGAAUUUUAAUUGGAUCGAGCGAUGCCUCCCAACUCCACUUGAUCUCAUCAGUAGAGUAUAAGCUAUGGGUUACCUCACAACUUCCACAAAAUUGACUAUUUAUUUUUGAAUGCUUAUGCUACUGAUUUCUCUUAAAUAAAGCAAGAAAUAAGUCAAAG